AUGACUAUAGGAUCAUGGAAUGUUAGGGGGUUAAGGGGGGAUGGGAAGAUGAGGAUGGUGAAGGACCUAAAGAAAAAAUAUAGAUUGAACAUGUUAGGCCUGGUAGAGACUAAAAGACAGACUAUAACAAGAUUUGAUGUUUUGAAAAUUUGGGGAAAUGGCUGUAUAGGGUGGGAGUAUGUGGGGUCUGAUGGUGCGUCUGGUGGGCUAAUGUUAGUGUGGGAUGAUGGUUUUUUUAAAUUGCGUAAUUUCCAUAAAGGAGAGAGGCGGUUGUGUGUAGAAGGGAGCUUGGUGAACAAUAAUGUUGAUUGUGCUUUUUUCUUAGUUUAUGGUGCGCAUUCUAGAAAUGAAAAACUUAUUGUGUGGGAGGAGUUGAGUUACAUAACUGGUUUGUGCCAAGGCCCCUGCUGCUUUCUUGGGGACUUUAAUGAGAUUGUACAGGUGGAGGAAAGACAAGGCACAGAUACGUUAACUCCAUCGGCGGAAGAUUUCAAGAAUUGGAUAGCUGACAUGGGAUUGGAGGACUUGCCAAUCACUGACCGUAAAUUUACAUAG